GAAGAUGAUGACGACUACCCAGCAGAUCCAGAUGAAACUCCGUGCGAUGAUGAUGACGACACCGUCACUGAAGAUGAUGACGACUACCCAACCGACCCAACCGAUGUUGAUGAUGACGAUGACGUAACUGAAACCCCGUGCGAUGAUGACGACAAAACUGUAACUCUAGAUCCAACUGAAACUCCGUGCGACGAUGAUGACGACAAAACUGUAGACCCAACUGAAACUCCGUGCGAUGAUGAUGACGACAAAACUGUAACUCUAGACCCAACUGAAACUCCGUGCGACGACAAAACUGUAACUCUUGUCCCAACCUCAAAACCAAAGAAACUUCAUUAUCAUUUAAAGAAGCACUGUCUCAGAAAAUGGUGGAAGAGAUGUCAUCGAAGGUGUAUUAAGAACAGAAAUUGUUUCAAGAAGUGUCUUUGGAAGAAGUGUCAUAAGAAGCAUGAUAAUGAUGUCUAUCCCACUACCGUUGUAGUAGUUUCAACCGAUAGUGUAUAUCCUGUCGAAACCGACCCAACCGAAGUUGCCACUUCAACUCCAUGCGAGGACCCAACCGAAGUUGCCACUUCAACUCCGUGCGAGGACCCAACCGAAGCCGAAGGAGAUUACGAAAACAAAGAGGAUCACGAAGACAAAGAUGAUUCCGCCGACACAAGCAGUGAUGAUUCCUCAAAAAAAGAUGAUGAUUCCGCCGACACUGAAGGCAAUGAUGAUACCACAACCACCGAAGAUGCUGAUCACGAAGAAACUGAAACUUCCGCCGACG